AAACCCUCUCUCACACACAUACACCAACUAAAACAUGUCGCCCUUCCGCCACCUACUCCGGCGAUCCCCGGCCGGAUCUGCCGUGCGCCGCCACUUCUCCACAAGCUCGUUAUCCGAAUCCUCAUCCUCAAUCUCAUCGGCGCACCGCAACCAGCACGAUUUCCUCUCUCCGAGCACCUACAUAAACUCAUGGCAGCCCUCCCGGUGCCCCAAGGAGGCCGCCGCACAGCUGACCUUCCUCCGCCGAGACUACGCUCGCAAAAUGAAGGAAAUACGCAAGGAUUUCAUCACAGAAAUGGAGCUCCAGAAAAUCGAGAAGAUGCGGAAGAACGAGGCUCGAAUGGAGGCGCUGAGGAUUGCCAACGAGGAGAAGAGAGCGGCGAAAGAUGCCAAGAAGAAAGCCGAAGCCAUCGAGAGGCAAGCCGCCGAACAAGAGUUCCGGCAAGUUUUGAUGAAAGAAAGAGAAGAUAAGCUUGAAUAUUGGAGGAUGAGAGAGAAGAACAUUCAGAAGAAGAAGAAAGAUAAGAAUGAGCUUCUGCGCAAACAAAGUUCUUUGUGGGUUGAUGUAUCUGAACUAGACAAGAAGAUUAACGAGGUCUUUCUCGAUACCGUUCAACUUUGAUUUCAAAAAUUCCGACUCCCGAUUUUCUUUUUCGUGUCUAAAAAUUGUUCUGUUUAACUCUUACUAUUUACAUUCCUUUGGGGAAUUUGUUGGCCUUAGAUAGUUGGGGUAGCCGUUUCUUCAGCAAGAACUGCAUGUCGUUUUCCUUUUGUUAGAGAAUGUUCGUUCCAUGUUAAGAUUUAGCGAGGAACGAUAUAAGAAUGUAAUAAAAGCAAACAACUUGGUAGCUGAGAUUCAUUUUUAACAUACAAAAGAAUUGUGUUUGUG